AUGAAAUUAACAACAGAACUCUGUUGGUGUACUGUUAUCAUGAAGGUUAUUGAAAACCCAGUCCACUCUGGGAACUCUACUCAAUUAUUAGCUGUAAUUUGUAUGCAGCUGGAAGGUUGUUAUCUUGGUCUCAGUCAUGAAUCUGAGACUGAGAGGGUAACAGGCAGGAAGGCCAGGGGUCUCCAAACGGAGGAAAUAGGCUGCAAGUGCCAGACAUUUUUAUCUCUCUUAAGUGGCAGGAGGAAAAAAACCAGCGAUAUAUUUUUUCUUCUCUAUACAAAUUUAAAAGGAAGUUUCUCUUAA